ACAUGUGACAAAUGUUGUCUGCCAUUAGUUUCAUGUUACACAUAAGUAUUUCAAACUGCAACAUUGUGUUUAGCACUACAGAGUAUUGCGCCCAGAGGCCAGACGGAAUAACAUCGGAUCGUAACAAAAUAAUUGAUAAACACGUCAGACGUCGCAUCACUUAUCAUUAGUCGUAGUCAUGAUUUGAAAAUAAGCGGUGAAAACUGAAAACCGUGAUUUGAUAUUGAUUUUUUUCUCUUUCCUGCAAUUGGUCCAGAUUGCAAUUUGUACUGCGUUGGUUACAUUAUUUGUACACUAGCUCUAAAGUAAUCGGGUGAUCCAGUUAAAACGAAGUGAUUUUUGUACAUUGGUACAACUUCUAAUUCCCUGCUUAUUGAAAUGUCUUCUGAUCCACACAGAUUGUUGCCCUGUCCAUUUAAUAUGGCGCAUCAAAUUGAGUCAUAUAGAAUGCAUGUACACUUACAAAAAUGUAAAAAGCAAUAUCCUAAUGUUAUAAAAUUAGUAUGUCCAUUUGAUUCUACACACAUAGUGAAUAGUCCGGAAAUAGAUCACCAUGUUAACUCAUGUAUGCAUCGUGGAAUGCUAGACAACCAGUUAUAUAAUUUUGAUGAUAAUUCACGGGUCCCAGUCACAAUUGUUGGCACAACAAAUAUACAAUGUGAAGAGUCCUGGGAUGAUGAGGUAGCCUCAUCAUACCAACCUGGAGUUUCCAAGGCAUCACAUAUAAUUACAAAAGUCAUAGGAGCCACACCAUCAGAACGAAGAAAGGCUCGUAUGGAAAAGAUAAAGAUGUAUAAACCACCACCAACAAACAAUUAAAUAGUGUUGUGCCUAUCUAGCUGUUAAAUAGAUAUAAAUGUAAUAUUUCAUUAUGUGCUAAAUUAGGAUGCACUGGUAUCAACAUAUUAUUUCUCCAUUUCUAACAUUAAAAACAAAAGGUAAUGAAUAAAUAUUAUUUUAAAUAUACAUUCUGCCUUAUUUAUAAAAAAAUGUCUAAUCAGUAUCAAUCCAUCAAAUUAUAUUUAUGUUGUGAUAAGAACUUUAAUUUAAAUGGUGUAAUUAGACUAGUUUUUAUAAAUAAGGAAGUAAAUCUCUAUCUUUUCUUUAUGUAUAACAAUAACAUUAAUAUUACAUUUAUUUUAUAGACAUAUAAUUAAGAUUGUUGAUUAUUGCUUCAAGAUUAUGAACUAUUAAAAAGAUUCAUAUAUAGAUCCAAGAUUCAGAUAUGUGGUUUAUAUACCUUUUUCCAAAAUUGAACCAAAAGAUUCCCAAGAAAGCAGGAAUAAUUUAAACUUUAUUCUGAAACAAAUUUGUUUUUCAUAGUACUAUAUUUUUUGACAAGAUUAAUGUUAUAUCUGAUCAUGUAGGACCAAAUGUCUUAAUAAAUACAGAUUUUUUUUGUAACUUGAGUAUGGCAUAUUGAUGUAUUAUGUUAAGCAAAGUUGAUGUUGGUUAUUUCUUAUAAAUGUUGUAUCAUUCUAAUAUUGUGUAAUCCCUAUGUGGUAUAAGUAAGGAUUCAACAGUAUAAAACCAUCAUAAAUGGUAAAUUUAUUACAUAUAAGUGUUUCUCAAUGUCUAUAUUGGCGACAAAAAAUAUGCCACUCAUAAUAUAAUUAUAUUAGACAUUUAACCCCUUACUGCAUGAUUUUGUAUGUUGCGUUGAUAAAUGAAAUAUCUGCAUGUUGUGCAUAAUAGAAAAUAAUCGGACACAUUUUUUCAUAAAAUGAGUUACAAUGUGUGAAAUAGAAGGAAACAAUUUUGCUUGUCAUUCCACAUGUGAUCUUCCCUUACACCCUGGAACCUUACAACACUGUCUGGUUGUCCAAAUAAGGAGAUGGUCCAUCUGGUCUAAAUGUACAUCCUUAGAUGGCAUUAUUGCUAUUGAACCACUUGCUUUCUUUUCUCUAAUCACAUUUUCGAGGGGCGUCCAUCCUUUAUAGUGGCACUAGGUUUAUUGGCUAAACACAAAGCUUCUGCUACAGCUACCUAGAAGUCAGCUAGGAACAGCAAUUCCUGAUCCGAAAAUGUGCGUCGAUAUAAUAGCCAGGCAUUUACUGUGAUCAUAUAUAUCUAUCAUGUGAAAGAAUAUUCUAUGGUAAAUUUUGUACUGUUAUAGGCUAGUAGCUUGUCUAAAAGAUGAGAAUAUGUUGAUUAUAUGUUGUUACAGCUUUCAGACAUGGAAUGGAAUAAUGGUAAGGACGUGUA